AUGGCUUCCUGCACUGAAGCGGGUCGUGUUUCGAUAUCUGCCGAUAGUCCCAGCCGCGAAGAACGGUUCAGUGAUGAUAAAAGUGGUGGAGGCUCUGAUGAAGAAGAAUAUGAUGAAGAGUGGUUCCCUGGCGAUGGGAUCUGCCCGUCUCCAUCACAAUUCACCGCAUGCUGCAAUAGCAGCUUUGAUACUUGGAAGAAGGCAACGGCGACAUCUCCCGACAUUCUCCAGUCUCCUCCUGCCUUCUACAUUCAGGCUUUCCUGAAGCUGCUGGCGAAUGUCCCUUCUUUCUUUCAUCAUCCUCCGGAAAAUAUCAAUAUCGCCGGUGGACCCAGAUCUCCCUUGGUUUUACGUUCGUCCUUCCGGCUUGAAAUAGCAGAUGAGAGCGACUGUGUUGAUUGUUGGAAGACUUUUGACUACUUCCAAUGCCUUGGCUUCGUGUCACCCGUGACUUAUAAAGUUGCCAAAGAGGCCCAGUGUAAUGGUCUCCCUUCUUUGAAUCUCCAUGCUGGUUACCUUUGCAGUAUAAUUCUGGCCUGGUCGUAUAUCAUCUCCGCACGUUGGGUCGAGAUUCUCCAGCGAGCUGGCUGGAACAGCUUGAUGAUUCAUUCUCAAGACGCUGAGACGAUUGACUCAUUCUGGAAUAUGGUUCUACAACGACACUGGCUCGCCAGACUGAAGACUGAUCGGGGUAUAUUCUACUCCCCUUGGAUGAUGUCUGAUGGUGCUGUGAGACCGGCUGGCAGCAGCGACAACUUGGCUCAAAAUCCCCUCAAUUCAACACUAGCGUUUGAUAUACUCCUGAACUUUUGUAUUUCUGAAAGUUUAGAAUUCGAGUUUAUCAUAGGGCUUGCUUCUGUACUAAUGUUCACAUCACGGAAUGCACCUCCACCAAAACUUGCUCCGCCGACCAGUUCUGUUCUUGAUAAAUGCAUAUUCCUCAGCUCCACCCAAGAUGCUCUCGAUUCGCUACUGUGCAGUGCAUUUUUCAAUCCCUCUGUGCCAUGCAACCUCCUUGGAGCCAAUUCUCUUGGUAUCAAGAGAGCUCUUUACCCAUCAGGGAUUGAAUUUCACAAGCUCUUAUCCGCAGUCACCAGCCAGACACCCCAUCUGAGCCUCCUCUGGGUGUCUGUCAUCUGCACAGGUCAGGCAGGAUCAAUAAUCCGUCUUGCCCUUGAUCGAUUACCGCCGCUCUGUCUGGCCGCUGCAUUCUGGACAAAGACAAUCCAGUCAUUCCUUCAGGUAGUGUAUCAAGAAAUUCCAGAUGGAUCAAGUGUCUCCCGUGCGAGAGAAUUCCAGACCUCUUAUCUUUGUCGAGCUGAGACGUCAAUCCCAUGGACGCCCUCUCCUCCCUUUGGUUCAACAUCAAUAGAUAAUCUCAGCCUUGAAGUCAGAGAACAUAUUGGGCACAAUCAUAGACCCAGGUCUUGGAGAAUAGACUGGAUAUUGGAAUCAGGGGAAAGAAUACCGGCGAGCCCACAACAUCAAAUUAAUCUUCCUUCCUGCGCAAUCCAUCCUGAUGGUAGCGAUGAAGGUUGCGAAGAACCUCAAAUUUUGGAUAGGGAAGCUGCCGAUGAACAGUCACGGAGUGCAACAUCUCGACUGUUCAAUUGGCACAGAACCUACGAUGAUGGGAUUUGGCUUGAAGAUGGAACUCAGAAUAUUGAGAAGACUCGACGGAUCCAUCUGCAUCCAUGGAUAGUAGACCCAUUUCAUGAUAGCGGAUGGGAGGAGCCAGUCGAGACGAGUUCAGAAGUUGAUCCUGAGGCUAUACUGAAGUAG